AUGGCAGUGGAUGCUGGACACCGGAGACAGCGCAUGCGUGAACCUCUGCGCAUGCUCAGAGGGGUUCUACAAACCGGAAGGUCGUGCACAAGAAAACCACAGUUCAAAAGCCGUCGGCCAAAGAACUUUCCUCCUGGACCCACUCCACUGCCAGUUUUGGGAAACUUGCACAAUUUAAGUUUGGACAAUCCACUGCGGGAUUUCGAAAGGCUGCGGUUCAAGUAUGGAAAUGUCUACAGUCUCUAUCUAGGUUCCAAACCAAUGGUGAUGCUUUGUGGGGUGCAAGCCAUAAAGGAAGCUCUGGUAAACAAAGGAGUAGAAUUUGCUGGAAGACCCCAGGACAUGUACGUCAAUAUCACAACUGAGAACAAAGGAGUGAUUUUGGCUGAUUACGGCCCAAGAUGGAAGGAGCACAGACGUUUCGCACUCAUGACUUUGAGAAACUUUGGUCUGGGAAAGCAGUCUAUGGAGGAGAGAAUUCUGGGAGAGAUCCAACACACAACUGCAGAAUUAGAAAAAAGCGUUGGUUCAACUCUGAGUCCUCAAGUGAUGUUCCACAAUGCAUCCUCUAACAUCAUCUGUCAGGUUCUGUUCGGGAUGCGUUUCGACUACAACGAUUGGACAAUGAAGGAAAUAGUUCGCUGCUUCACUGAGAAUGCCAAAUUAGCCAACGGACCCUGGGCUAUGCUUUUCGACUCAGUUCCUUGGAUCCGUCACUUUCCCCUUCCCUUCAACAAGGCGUUUACAAAUAUCAAUACGGUCCAGAGUAUUGCUGUGCCUUGGAUUACUGAGCACAAGAGGACUAGAGUCUCAGGACAACCACGGGACUUUGUAGAUUGCUACCUGGAUGAGCUGGAAAUGCGAAGUAAAAAUCCUGGCUCAACUUUCUCAGAAGAUCUACUGUCCAUGUACUCCCUGGAUCUUCACUUUGCUGGAACAGACACGACUUCCAACACACUACUGACUGGAUUUCUUUAUCUCAUGACAAACCCAGACAUCCAGGAGCGAUGCCAAGCUGAAAUAGACAGAGUUUUAGGCGACAAAGAAAAGCCUUGUUUUGAGGACAGACACGAUAUGCCUUAUGUACAGGCUGUGAUCCAUGAAAUGCAGAGGGUCGCCAACACUGUCCCCCUCAGUGUCUUCCACAACACAACUAAAGACACAGAGGUCAUGGGAUACACUAUUCCCAAAGGAACUAUGAUAAUCCCAAACUUGUCGUCUGUGCUGAGUGAGGAGGGUCAGUGGAAGUUUCCUCAUGGGUUUCACCCUGAGAACUUCCUCAAUGAUCAGGGAGAGUUUGUGAAGCCUGAGGCCUUCAUGCCUUUCUCUGCCGGUCCUCGAAUGUGUCUUGGGGAGGGUCUGGCUCGAAUGGAGCUCUUUCUCAUCACUGUGACAUUGCUCAGAAAGUUUACGUUCAUUUGGCCAGAAGACGCAGGCGAGCCGGACUAUACUCCUGUCUAUGGAGUCACGCUCACCCCAAAGCCGUACCUCAUGAAAGUGCAGCUCCGGGAAACACUCUGA